AAAAUACUGCAUCUGUAGCUGGGAAUAAAUGCGAUUUACACAAAUAAAAGAGUGUAGUUUGUCUUUGUUGACGAUAUGUAAGCGCCUCAGAGUGAGUCAGCGCGGAGGGAUACAGCCGCACAUUCAAAGGCGGAGUAUAAAGAAAAGAGCCGCGCACGCGGGGUUCUCUUCUCUCUGCUUCCGUGAGUAUCAGUGUAGGGGAGAUCAGCUGUUUCUGUGGCGAUUAAACCAUCAAAAAACAACGAAACUAACCAAGAUGCCUGAAGAAAUGCGCCAAGAGGAGGAGGCCGAGACCUUUGCCUUCCAGGCAGAGAUCGCCCAGCUGAUGUCUCUCAUUAUCAACACCUUCUACUCCAACAAAGAGAUCUUCCUCAGGGAGCUCAUCUCCAACGCCUCUGAUGCUCUUGACAAAAUCAGAUAUGAGAGCUUGACGGAUCCCACCAAACUGGACAGCGGCAAGGACCUGAAGAUCGAAAUUAUCCCCAACGUUCAUGAACGCACUCUUACCCUCAUUGACACCGGUAUUGGAAUGACCAAAGCCGAUCUCAUCAACAACUUGGGUACCAUCGCCAAGUCCGGGACAAAGGCCUUCAUGGAGGCUCUGCAGGCUGGCGCAGAUAUCUCCAUGAUCGGGCAGUUUGGUGUGGGCUUCUACUCCGCCUACCUGGUGGCUGAAAAGGUCACGGUCAUCACUAAAAACAACGAUGACGAGCAGUACGCUUGGGAGUCAUCCGCUGGCGGCUCUUUCACAGUCAAGGUGGACCAUGGUGAGACCAUUGGCCGUGGAACCAGAGUCAUUCUUCACCUGAAAGAAGAUCAGACAGAGUACAUCGAGGAGAAGAGAGUGAAGGAAGUGGUCAAGAAACACUCCCAGUUCAUCGGAUACCCAAUCACUCUCUUCGUGGAGAAGGAACGCGACAAGGAGAUCAGUGACGACGAGGCAGAGGAGGAGAAGCCUGAGAAAGAGGAGGAGGAGAAGGAGGAGGAGGAAGGCGAAGACAAACCCAAGAUUGAGGACGUCGGCUCAGAUGAUGAAGAGGACUCCAAAGACAAGGACAAGAAGAAAACCAAGAAGAUCAAGGAGAAGUACAUCGACCAGGAGGAGCUGAACAAAACCAAACCCAUCUGGACCCGCAACCCUGACGACAUCUCCAACGAAGAGUACGGAGAGUUUUACAAGAGCCUGACCAACGAUUGGGAAGAUCACCUGGCUGUCAAGCAUUUCUCUGUGGAGGGUCAGCUGGAGUUCCGCGCUCUCCUCUUCAUCCCUCGCCGUGCCCCCUUUGACCUCUUUGAGAACAAGAAAAAGAAGAAUAACAUCAAGCUGUACGUCAGAAGGGUCUUCAUCAUGGACAGCUGUGAGGAGCUCAUCCCAGAGUAUCUGAACUUCAUCCGUGGUGUUGUGGACUCUGAAGAUCUGCCCCUCAACAUCUCCAGAGAGAUGCUGCAACAGAGCAAGAUUCUCAAGGUCAUCCGCAAGAACAUGGUCAAGAAGUGCCUGGAGCUGUUUGCUGAGCUGGCCGAGGACAAGGAGAACUACAAGAAGUUCUACGACGGCUUCUCCAAGAAUCUGAAACUGGGCAUCCACGAGGACUCUCAGAACCGCAAGAAGCUGUCAGAACUGUUGCGUUAUCAGAGCUCUCAAUCCGGCGACGAGAUGACGUCCCUCACAGAAUACGUCAGCCGUAUGAAGGAAAACCAGAAGUCCAUCUACUACAUCACUGGUGAGAGCAAAGACCAGGUCGCCCACUCUGUUUUCGUGGAGCGCGUGUGCAAGAGAGGUUUCGAGGUGCUGUACAUGACCGAGCCCAUCGACGAGUACUGCGUCCAGCAGCUGAAGGACUUCGACGGCAAGUCUCUGGUGUCCGUCACCAAGGAGGGACUGGAGCUGCCCGAGGAUGAAGACGAGAAGAAAAAGAUGGAGGAAGACAAGGCCAAGUUUGAGAACCUCUGCAAGCUCAUGAAGGAGAUUCUGGACAAGAAAGUAGAGAAGGUCACCAUAUCAAACAGGCUGGUUUCUUCUCCCUGCUGUAUCGUGACCAGCACCUACGGCUGGACGGCCAACAUGGAGAGGAUCAUGAAGGCCCAGGCCUUGAGGGACAACUCCACCAUGGGCUACAUGAUGGCCAAGAAACACCUGGAGAUCAAUCCUGAUCAUCCCAUCAUGGAGACCCUGAGGCAGAAGGCCGAUGCAGAUAAAAACGACAAAGCUGUGAAGGAUCUGGUCAUCCUCCUGUUUGAGACCGCCCUGCUUUCCUCUGGUUUCUCAUUGGACGAUCCUCAGACGCACUCAAACCGCAUCUACAGAAUGAUCAAGCUGGGAUUGGGUAUUGAUGAAGAUGAAGACGUACCUGUGGAAGAGCCAAGCUCUGCUCCCGCUCCUGAAGAUAUUCCACCUCUGGAAGGAGACGAUGACGCUUCUCGCAUGGAGGAAGUCGAUUAAACCCGUUUGUCUAAAAUUCCCCGAUCACUUUUCUGUAAUCAUUCCUUAACAUCCUGUCGUUCUCUUUGACCUGUAGAAGGUUGACCUGAUCUCAGUGAUGAUUCCUGAAGGAAUCAUAAUGUAACUAAAGCAUACUGUCAACUUUUGCUCUGUUUUGAGCCAUAAUGUACCUUUUUGUUUUUUUUAUGUAAUGUGCUGUUCAUGGAUUGACAGUAUUGUCUGAGCACAAUAAGCACUGUGUUUCACUGAUACUGAGUCUGCUGGCUGUGCUGGAUUGAAUCGAGCAUGAUUUCUUUCUGCAUGGAAGGGGAAAGACCUUUGCCUCACUGCAGGCAUGUGUUGUCUUGUUUUUCAGAAAUUAAAACACGUGGUGAAACCUGAA